AAACUUGACUCAAAACCCCAAUAACACUCAUGCUUCCCAACUUUUUUGUCACACCAAAUUAAAAACUAAACUAAAAUUUGCCCUUCACACAAAUAACAACCAAAAUGAGUCACCCUAAAAAUUCUACAACCCAAAUACUCACUCUCUUAAUACUAACAACCUUAGUUGUGUUAGUCUCUUCUCAAUCAUCCCUCUGCAGGUCAUCCUGCGGAGGGAUUCCAAUUAACUACCCUCUAACCAUUGAUGAUGGGUGCGGUAGUCCAUACUACCGCCACAUCUUGAUGUGCUCCGGAGAUGUCCUCCAGCUCCGGACCCCUUCAGGCCGGUACCCCGUGAAGUCCAUUAGCUAUUCGGAUCCCCAUAUUUUGGUCUCGGACCCUCUUAUGUGGGAGUGCAAGGAUGAAGACCGGUUUCGGCCCACUAGACCCUUUAGCUUGGAUAGCAGCACACACUUGUCUCUAUCCAACCAGAAUGAGUAUCUCUUCUUCAAUUGCAGCCCGGAUAAGGUCAUCAUGGAACCUAGGCCUAUGUUUUGCGAGAGGUUCCCUGAUCGUUGUGACACUACGUGUGAUCCCGCAAGCUACCUAUGCCGGCAUUUCCCGCAAUGUGCCCCGAACAAUAAGGCCUUAAGAGACCUCUCUUGUUGCUCUUACUACCCUAAGGCAACGGAAUCCUUAAGGAUGAUGCUCAAGCAUUGCGAUACUUACACUAGUGUACAUUGGAAGAGUGUUGGCGGCCUAGGCACCUCGCGACCCUACGAUCAAGUGCCCGAGUAUGGUGUGAGAGUCGACUUUGAGACCCCGCUCACGUCUAGCUGCCUUCGUUGCCAGGACCGUGCUAAGGGAGGAGGUACUUGUGGGUUUAAUACCACAAACCAAGAUUUCUUAUGCUUGUGUGAAGAAAGAAAUGUCACUACUUAUUGUAAAGAUCAUCGAAUUGAAAGACAUGGUGGACAUACUAAGGCCGUUGCAGGAACGGUGACAGCAGCAUCAAUAGCAGGGGUAGGAAUUGGGGCAGGCAUAUGGUACUUGAAGAAAGUAAGAGCAACUGCACCAGUUACACAUGGUGUCCAAACCAAUGAGAAUAGAAUAUUCUAGUAUAAAUUUUAAUUUUUAAUAAUUAUUACUAGCUUUACACAUUAUGGUUCAUGGUUUUUAUUGUGCAGCAAAGAAAAAACCACAUUUUUGGUCCCUUCUACAUCACUAUAUAUGUACCUUUUUUUUUUCUUUUUCUUUUUUUAUUUUUUUAUUUUUAUUUUUAUUUUUUUUAUUAUUACUAGCAUUACACAUUAUGGCUUCAAUCUUUUGUUGACCAAACAUAGGCGUAAUAUAUUUUGGAUACAUAUAAACUUAAGUUAAUAAUGCAUAUCUAUAUAAUAAUUGAUAGAUAUUAUAUUUACGAUAAUAUUAAUAGGAUUACGACUCUUGUAAACCCCUAUA